AUGCGCAGGAGUUUUUUCCUCAAAAUUGUUGAAGAUAUUGAAAUGGCCAAUCAAUACUUCCAACAAAAGCAAGACACAUCUGGAAGGCUUGGGUUUUUGGCUCUUCAAAAAGGCACUGCGGCGAUGCAGAUGUGGUGGGGACUCUAUUGA